UGAUUUUUCAAGAAUCACAUAAAUCUGUAGGAAAUUGAUUCGAAAUUUGUGGAACUCGGGUAGUCAGUAGCUUUUGAUACAAAAAUUGUUUAGAGCUAUAGGCUCGAAGCUUAUUUUACAAAAACUACAUUUUGUAUGAGUUAGCAAUGUAGCCAAUAUUUGCUAUUUGAAAAAUGGUCCUUAAAAAUUCUUGGAUUGAAGAUCAAAUCCUUCAAAUAUGUUGUACUUUUCGAUGAGAUCGGGUUGAGUUAUCUGACACAGCUGGCGGUGAUAGCUGGCACAGAUUCAAUCAGUGACUUAACAACAUUAUUUCAUACCAAGACAGCUUUAAGAAUUACUAUGUUGUUGAGCUAACUUAGUAACGGCAUCUAACCACAUCAUUGCAAAACCACGCGAUUAAUUGCAGUGAAUAUGAACAUAAAGCUUUACUUGUCAUCUCUAAGAGUAAGUCCCGAGAAGACGUUUCGAUCACAUCCUUAUGCUCAUUGUGAACCUAAUUUUGCACAUUAUUAUUUAUUAAAAUUCUAGCACAUCAUAAGCCCGCUUUGCACAGUCUGUGCUUUCUGUCGAAAUAUAAAUUGUGCCUACAAUUCUUUAUAAUUUGCAUGGAAUACGCUCGAUCUCCAAUAUGAAAUAUGCUAUUCGAGGUUCAGUUCUGAAAACGACAACAACGACAUUCAUCGAGAUUAUAUUCAGAAAUGUUUCAAGUUCUCGCUAUCGUGUCUUCGGAUUUGUGACCGUGUUUGGCCUAUUUUAUAUCACAAUAUUGGUUACCGGCUAUUCAUAUUUUCAUCAACAUCAUCAAGCAAAGUCGGCAAGAAGUUUUAAUCGUAUAAUGAAGAUAAAAAAUAUUCAAGAAAGUUCGAUCGUUGUGCAUUCGUCUACUACGAGUAUACCAUUUAGAAAAUAUUCACUGAAUACCAGCACUACCAAGACAAUACUUCUUUGGGAUUUACCGAAAUCUGUUUCAUAUCCUGAAAAUUUGUCAGUUUCUCGAUGCGGAAAAUGUACAAUAACAAGAGAUAAGACGGCCGUCAAUAAGAGUGAUGCGGUCGUGUUUCACUUCAAUGGAUCACGAAAGCCGUCGGAUUUCCCUUCGCCAAAAACAAGACACAAAGAUCAAAUUUAUGUGUGGACAUGUCGUGAGAGUCCGAAGACGACAAAAGACAAUUAUAAUCUUGACCUAUCAUCCCUCGCGAACAUGUUCAAUUGGACAAUGACGCACAGAUUAGAUUCUGAUGUUUUCUAUCCAUACGCUGAAAUCUUACAUCGACUUCAAGAUAACAAAAUAUCAAACCAGAGCGAACUUACUGACGAGCCGAAAUAUGUCGAUUUAUUUUAUCAAAGCGUUGAAUAUCUUUUAUCCCAGAAACAGCAUCUAGUUGCUUGGGUUGUUGGAAAUUGUGGCAACACUGUGGGAGCGCAAGCAAGGAUGAAAUUGGUCAAUUCUUUUUCCAAGUUCGGAUUGCCUAUUCACAAAUUUGGAAGAUGUUUCAAGGACAAACCAUUUCCCCCCUAUAGAUCUGAAGAAACCCAUGCUAUAUUGAUGAAGUAUAAAUUUUAUCUGGCUUUCGAAAAUACAUUCGGAUGUCGUGACUAUGUUACCUAUAAAUUUUGGAAAAAUGCUAUAUACAGCGGAGCUGUUCCCAUAGCUUGGGGUCCAAGUAAACAAGAUCUAUUACGCUUGGCACCGAAGAGAUCUUUCCUCCAUAUUGAAGAUUUUGAAUCUGUUGGUCAUCUUGUCAAUUAUUUGAAAUAUAUCGAUUCCAACGACACUGCGUAUCGGGAGUUUUUUGAGUGGAGGGAAAAAGAAAUUAAAAUGGACUUUGACAAACCAAAACCUUUGCGAGAAAUUGCUAUUUCAAAUAAUCAAAAAGAUUGGAUAUUUUCUCGCCAGCAAGCCUUUGGCUAUUGUAAAUUAUGUCGAAAAUUACACGCAAAAGACAGCCAAGUUCUUGGAGAUAUUUUCACUCGAAAAUCAAUAUCAUCACUUCAAGAAUGGUGGUAUGGUACUGAGAGUGAAGCCUGUUUCAAAUAAAUUACGAUUAUUGUUGUUUCAUGAACAAUCAACAAUGAUCAGGCACUUAAAGAGUUGGGAUUCGGUUUAAUGACUCAUCGAAUCGAAAACUCAUGCAUAAGCCUCUUUAUGACUAUAACGAAAAACUAAUCAAUCAUGAUGAAAUACAUGACACUAUAACUAUGCAAUUUACUCCUUUUUGCUUCAAUGUAUUUGCUGGCGUAUUCUUUCAUAUUAGAUUUGUUAACACGGUGUCUCUCGUAAUGUGAAUUAUAUUUUAUAUGCUGAACCGCAUGGAGUAUUUCGAAAUUUGUAAUAUUUCAAAGUAUUUGAAAAUCAUUGCCUCUUUGUCAUUAUGAGCCUGAAAUCGGCUUAGUUUUAUCUGGCCUUUAUUUCUAUAUUUGAAGAAAUACUUACGUAUGGUCCGAGCUGGGCAACUACUCAUGUAACGUUGACCAAUUGUGCAAUGCGACCCGUUGACCCCAUGAACCACGUAUACCAUAAACGCCAUUUAAAUGCGCCAUUCCGUUUUAUGAAUGCUAUUUUAUUAAUUUUCCGCGGCUAAUAUUUGUCAGUUCGUUUGGAAAACGUUAACACUUACCAAUCGAGGUUCAGAUUAUGUGCGCUAUAAGAAUCCUGUUCUUCCUGCGCUGCGUAUUAUAGCAGAGUCGCGCGUGUAGAAUAUACAUUGAAUUUGAAGCGCUACAAUGUUUUUGCUUUUACAAAAGAAGGGAGGCUUGGAGGAGGCCCAGUCGGGAAGAAGUGAUCAAAAUACUGCAAAUUUAGUUACUUUGAAUAUAUUAAAAAAUGAGAGCACUUCUAACCAGCCUAUUGUUAUAUAUAUUGCAUGGGUGGCGUUUUUUUCAUUUUAAGCAAGAUAUAUAAAGCACAAACAAAGUAACAUAACAAUUUUUUUUUUAUUUUUGCUUUUGGGUACUGCUGACACUGUGGUUUACUACUGUUGUGGGCAAAAGAAUACGUUUUCUCUCAGUUACCACUAAACUCUGUUUUCCUCUGUCACCUUUCUUUUGACACUCAUUUUAUGAUGAAUUGUUAUAUUUGACUAAUUUUAUAACUUGUAGCGUGAGGUCUAGUGCUAUUGUCAAAGAACAGCCAAGUCCGUCAAGUUGGGUUUUAGUAACCUACGUUAAAAAACGGGAUCGCGCGGCGCAAAUUGAUAUAUAUAUAUAUAUAUGCGUUUUGUCAAUGCUGUCAUAUGGCCCACGCUUGAAAAUAGAGGUGUGUUUCACUAAAAUAAAGGUACGAAACGUCUCUCCGGCAGAUAAGGAGUUGAUUGACGCGAGUUUAAGGUACGAAGUUCUGAUGAAAAACGCGAUUCAUAUCACGCCGGGCCCUGUUUGCACAUAACAAAUCAUUCUCCUUGGCUUCUACUACCUUUUAUCUUAUUGCUCCGCUCAAUUUUCCUUUCACUUAUCGCUCGAUUAUUUGGAAAAAACAAAGCGCGACGCUUUGACACGUACCGGUAAUUCGCCUUGACGUUUAUAGAUACAAUUUUGAAAUUCGGGAUUUCAACGAACCUAAUUCCCCCAUUGCAGUAUAACAAAACAUAUCAACUUGGGUAAACGUGCAUGAAUUCGAACAUCCAUGAAAAUCACUCCUUCUACUUUUUAGUAGCCAUAAGUGCAGAUUUCAGGAUUUCACUCCAAAAUGUGACGCAUAACUAAAUUAAUGAAAUAAUCUCAGUUUCGUUCUUGAAGCAGUGUUAAUUGGUCGUAGGCAAAUGCUUUAAAUUUUAUUGAUAAAUCAAGCAGGGUGCCUUCCUUGAUUUCUGCCUUUAAAAAUAACCACUCAAAUUUAUCGUAUAUUGUUUCGACCUGAAUUGGAUUUCAGGACUUGAGUAAACUCGGACUACAACCAUUUCAAUUGCCUUGUCUACUUUCUUACGUAUUCUGUUAUUUAUUCACUACUGCUUUUGCUUCAACAAAGUCCAUGCAACUUUCUACAUCAAAUAUUAGUAUAUAUAAAUUUA